GUCAAAAGGCACGGCUCAUUCAGGAAAAGAGGGCACAACACAAAGAGCCCCACGUUCUCAGGUCUCGGCGGCUUCCGCCCGGCCUGGCGCUGGCGACCGUCCGCUGUGGGGCUCCUUGGGGCUCCGGUCCGUGGAGCUGGGAGGCCCUGACGCUUCUUCUUUGGCAGGAACAAGCCCCGGCUCGGCAGCGUGAUCGCGUGCAUCUGCCCAUUUCUGCUGAUAAACUAGAUGGCCGGUGCUUUCUCGCCUGCCUGGUUGGUCCGUUCUGGCUCCGUUGGUCACUCGAUUGUCCAAAGCCACUGCGUAGUGCUCAAGAGACAAAAGUACUUACUUAGUAUCCCUCCCCGGCAGCGAACUAUAUAAACACACCGCAGGCCGCCCCCCUCCUCUAUCCUUGGCCUUGACGCCGAGAUAGCUCACUCCAAUCCCUCCUCACUUUGCGGUCUGGUCUGGCCUGGAACCUACGUGACUCAGAAUAGCAUCGUGCAAAGACUUGUAUGAGUUGUGGCGUACCGUUAGCCUCUUCCGAGUGUCCGCGUGCUUCUCCGUCCUUCCCCGAGCCGGUGGCAGAGCCAGUCUGAUACGCUCGAUAACAUAUCCUCUUCUGUUUACGUGCCUUAUAUUGCAUCUCAUACCAUUCUCCUGUCCUCCGCUUCUGCUCACCACCACCACCACCACCCCCUGUUCAGCCGGCACAUCUCACACAAUGCCCAGACUCGCAUCUGCCCGCUACGGCAAGGACAAUGUCCGCGUCUACAAGGUGCACAGGGACGAGGCCACCGGGGUUCAGACCGUCACAGAGAUGACAGUGACCUGUCUGCUUGAGGGACAGAUCGAGACAUCAUACACAGAGGCGGACAACAGCGUCGUGGUGGCCACAGACUCGAUGAAGAACACCAUCUACAUCAAGGCAAAGGAACACCCCGUCGACCCGCCAGAGCUCUUCGCCUCCAUCCUGGGCCAGCACUUCCUGGACACCUACAGGCACAUCACCACCGCCCACAUCAAGGUCGUGGUGCACCGCUGGACACGCAUGGUCGUCGACGGCAAGCCCCACCCGCACUCCUUCUACCGCGAUGGCAACGAGACCCGCAACGUCGAGGCCGCCGUCUCGCGGGACGGCGGCAUUAGCCUCAGGAGCGGCAUAGUGGGGCUGACCGUGCUGAAGAGCACCGGCUCCGAGUUCCACGGCUUCGUCCGCGACGACUACACCACCCUUCCCGAGACCUGGGACCGAAUCCUGUCCACCGAUGUCGACGCCUCCUGGACAUGGAAGGCAUUCCCUGGGAUCGACGCCGUCCACGACGCAACGCCCAAGUUUGAUGCUGCCUGGGAGGCGGCUAGGAACAUCACCAUGAAGACCUUUGCCGAGGACGAGAGCCCCAGCGUGCAGAACACCAUGUACAAGAUGUGCGAGCAGAUCCUCGCGGCUGUGCCUGAGACCGAGCUGGCUAGCUACUCACUGCCUAAUAAGCACUACUUCGAGAUCGAUCUGAGCUGGCACAAGGGGCUCAAGAACACCGGCAAGGACGCCGAGGUGUACGCGCCCCAAUCUGGUCCAAACGGUCUCAUCAAGUGCGAGGUUUCUCGGUCCUGAACCUUGCGAAACGGCCUCUUGACGAAUCUUGAUGAGUUCUAUAACAUUUUGUAAUUCAUUCCCUUUAAUCUUUGAUGAUCUAGUCGCUGGGACAGUAACAUCUAUUUGGAUCAUACUCCAUUUGGCGGCAGAAACUCUCUCAUGAGCCCAUUGCAUAAGAUAGGUCUGGUUCAUACCGAGUACAUAUAUAGAUGGCUGAAAUCCACUUGUGAUAAAGCAUUGUA